AUGGCAGGAGGCCGACAUGCUGAGUGUGGCUACGUAAGGAUUGUCAACAGAGGCCCCGCCUUCUCGCUGCUAUUGGGCUGCGGGUCCAGGCUAGCUGCUGCCUGCAAUCCCAACACUAUGGAUGUGGAUGCACAGUCGAUCACUCUUGGCGUUGACCUGGGCACCACGUCUGUGAAGGUGGCCCUUCUGGAGGCAGUGCCAGGCGACCCCUCCGGGUUUACAGUACUGGCGAGCUGUGCCCGACCUUCGCGGGCUGAGGCGGCAGCAGAGAGCGUAGCGGCCGGGACCCAGGCUCGGGAGCAAGAUGUGAGUAGAAUCAUACAAGCCCUGCAUGAGUGCCUUGCGGGGCUUCCUCGACAGAAGCUCCGGAAAGUUGAAGCCAUUGGAGUGUCCGGACAGAUGCAUGGAGUGGUGUUUUGGAAAACAGGCCAAGGCUGUGAAUGGACAGACGGAGGGACUGCCAGCAUGUUUGAGCCCAGGACUGUGAGCCAGCUGGUCACAUGGCAGGAUGGCCGGUGUAGCAGUGGGUUCCUGGCUUCCCUGCCCCUGCCGGAGUCCCAUCUCAGCGUGGCCACUGGGUUUGGCUGUUCAACUAUCUUCUGGCUUUUGAAAAAUAGCCCAGAAUUCCUAAAAUCCUACGAUGCGGCUGGCACCAUCCAGGACUAUGUAGUUGCCAUGUUGUGUGGCUUGCCAAAACCCCUGAUGUCAGACCAGAAUGCCGCCAGCUGGGGCUACUUCAACACCCGGAGCAAAAGCUGGAACUUGGAGACGCUGAGGGCUGCAGGUUUCCCUGUCCAUUUGCUCCCUGACAUUGCAGAACCUGGUAGGAUGGCAGGCAGGACGACCCACCCGUGGUUGGAAAUCCUAAAGGGAACAGAGGUGGGUGUGGCCUUGGGUGACCUACAGGCCUCCGUCUAUUCCUGCAUGACCCAAAGGACAGAUGCAGUUCUUAACAUCAGCACCUCGGUUCAGCUGGCAGCCUCGAUGCCAUCAGGAUUCCAGCCAGUUCAGAUUCCAGACACGUUGGCUCCAGUUGCCUACUUCCCAUACUUCAACAGGACCUACCUGGGAGUGGCAGCCUCCCUCAAUGGGGGCAAUGUGUUGGCCACAUUCGUUCAUAUGCUGGUUCAGUGGAUGGCAGAUCUGGGCCUGGCAGUUGAAGAAUCCACUGUGUAUUCCCACAUGAUCCAGGCAGCUGCACAGCAGGAAGAUACCUGUCUAACCAUCAACCCAACGGUGCUGGGAGAGAGGCACCUGCCGGACCAGCUGGCCUCAGUGACCAGAAUCUCCUCCUCUGACCUCUCACUGGGGCACGUGACACGGGCACUGUGUCGAGGCAUCGUCCAGAACCUGCAAUCGAUGCUCCCCUCCCAGCAGCUCAGAGAGUGGGGCGUGGAGCGGGUGAUUGGGAGUGGGAGUGCGCUGUCCAGGAACGAGGUGCUGAAGCAGGAAGUACAGAAGGCUUUCCCUUUCCCAAUGUCCUUUGGGCAGGAUGUGGAUGCAGCAGUUGGGGCAGCCCUGGUCAUGCUCCGCAGAAACUUCAACCAGAGGGAGGCUUAA